UUUAGUUGUCGGUAGUGUUAAUAUCACGGACUUAAGCGUUGGAUUAAAAAUUUCAUUUUUUUGAUAAAAUAGUAAAAUUACUUUGAAAUCUAAUUUUUUUUAUUUUCACUUAAAGUGAAGUGGUUUGUUUAGCUACGCAUUCACAUGCACUUCAUUUCUGCGGCGUCGCAAAAUUUGAUGAAAACAAUUUUUUUUGAUAUCUUCGUGUUAGCUUAAAAGAGGUUUUUGAGUAAUUUUCUGAGCUGUUUUACGAUAACGAAGAGGUUACUUAUUGAGUGAUUUAACAACUAUUAUAAUAUUCACAAAUAUUUACAUUUAAUAAUGGAUGAAAUGAAAAAGGAUUGUGACGGUUUUUCAUCGCUACAGCAGCAAAAUGCUAUUUCUACAAAUUCAGAUCAUGCACCUUUAACAGAACACCCAGAUGAUGUUAAAAUUAUUCCACCAAAGAGGAGAAUAAAAAAAAUUCCGACAACCAGAAUAAUACGAAGAUCUAAAAGACUUUGUCCCUCUAAGUAUCGUAGGAACUUAAUUAUAGGUCAGCAAUCUAGCAGUGCAGAGGACAUACAUAAUAAUCAAAAUGUAAAACCUAAUGAUCAGAAAUCACAAUUCGUUUGUAAAAUAGCACCAUCUGAUGCAUCACGGAAAUUAAUGUCAUCAUCAUUAUCUAUAAUAGAGAACAAUCAAUCAUUACCAGUAGCAUCUACAUCUACCGCUUCAAAGAGCCAAUUUGCUGCUUCAUUAUCUCUCUUUGACAAUAUUAAUUUAUCACCAACAGCAUCUACUUCAGCCGAUGCAAGCAGACUAACAACAUCACUAUCACUAUCAAAUAGUUCGACUAAUAUAAAAUUAGCAACAUUACCAUCUACACCAACUCCAUCACUAUCAUCACCAAUUCCUGCUACCUCUUCAAUUGACAUGAAACUACCAGAAUCAGUAUCACCUCCAAUCCCUUUCAUGUAUUCAGCUCAUAGAGAGGUAGCAGCAUCACCAAUAUCAGCAUCGCUAAUAUCUUCUACUUCAACUGAUAUGGAAGUAGUGGCAUUACCAUCACCACCAACUCCAUACACGUGUUCAGCUGACAGAGAGCUAGCAGCAUCACUAUCAUCACCAAUUCCUGCUACCUCUUCAAUUAAUAUGGAACCACCAGCAUCACUAUCACCUUUAAGCCCUUCCAGAUAUUUAGCUGAUAGACAGCUAGCAGCAUCACCAAUACCAGCAUCGCCAAUACCAACUCCAUCUACAUAUUUAGCUAACAGAGAGCUAGCAGAUGAUGAUAGUGAAUCACCAAUUCCUGCUACCUCUUCAAUUCAUAUGGAACUACCAGCAUCACUAUCACCUCCAAUCUCUUCCAAUGGGGAAGGUGAUGAGUAGUAG